AUGACAACAACUAUUAAUUCACUUCGAAUAUUAACAAUUUCUGAUAUUCAAGGUAAUGUUGAUUCAUUAACAGAAUUAUAUAAUCAAGAGAUUAAACAAGGUCGUGCAAUAGAUUUAAUAAUUCAUACUGGUAAUUUUGGAUUUUGGGAUAAACAAACAAUUGAAUUAACUCAUGAAUUAAAUUAUUUAAAACAAAUUAUUUCAUUUCUGGAUUUAUUAGAUUCAAAUUUAGUUGAAGAAUUAAAUAAUCAAAGUACAAUAGUUAGUAGCAACGACUCUUCCAUCAAUGGUAAUGAAGAGUUAGUUAAAUUCAAAUCAUUAUUAUUACAAUCUAAAACUCCAAUAAGUCAAUUCCAACAAUAUCUAGAAGGGAUUAAAACAUUACCAUGUCCAGUUUAUACUAUAUUUGGUCCUCUUGAUGAUCCUAGAAUUAUAAAUAAGAUUCAAACAAGACAAUAUGAAAUUCCUAAUCUAUUCUUAAUUGAUCAUAAGAAUAAUUAUGAAAUAGAAACUCCAAUUCCUAAUUUACCAAAUUUAAGAAUUUAUGGAAUUGGAGGUACAGUUAAAAUUCAUAAUCUUUUUGAUAGAGGAAAUCUUGAAUAUGAAGAUGUUUGUGGUAAGAUUGGAGAAUUAUGGAUUUCAUUAUUACAAAUUGCCGAAUUUUAUCUUCAAUUUAGUAAUACUUUUACCCCUUCAAUCAAUAGCAAUACAAUAAACAUUUUUGUGACUCAUGCCCCAGUUAUUAAAACACCAUUGUUAGAACAUUUGGCAAUCAUUACCCAUGCUGAUUUCACAAUUAGUCAGGGACUACAUUUCAGAUAUCCUGUCAUGGGUAAUGGUAUGAGCUUUGUUGAUAGUAUGGGAGGUUCAGCAGGAUAUGUUGAGAAUUACCGAGGGAAAUUCUCAAGACUUCGUAUGAUUUUGGGGGAAUUAUGGGUAGUUAUAAAAGAUGAUUUAAUGGAUUUAUUAAGUACUACAGAAGUUCCAGGGUUAAAGAAUUUGAUUGAAUUAGGUCUAAGUUUAUUUGAUAAGAUCCCAAUUAUAGUAAAUGAUACAAAUGAUAAAAUCGUACAAUUGACAUUAUCACCAGAUGAUGAAAAUGAAGAUGAAAUAAAUAAAAAGGUAGUUAAACGUUUAAAUGAUUGUUAUUUCCAAGCAUAUUAUAAUUUAUGGCAUUUUAAUCUUUGUGAUCAUAGACCGUCUCAACAUGAAGAAGAGAAUCAAUACAAUAUAAUGAUAUUCAAAUUUGAUCAAUAUGGUAAUUUCAAAUUAGAUUAUUGUAAUAGUCAGGGGUUUAAUUUUGGUUUCAAAACAAAACAACAACAACAAGAAAUAUCUGAUGACAUUGAAUCGGAAAAGAGAACAACAACAACGCCACAAGAGAACAACCAAGAAGAAGAAGAAGCCAGUAGUUUAGAAAGAAGUAAUGUUGACGAAGAAACAGAUGAAAAACCCCGUUCUGGAACCAUAUACAAUAAACCAUAUCGAGGUUCUUACCGAGGAGGAAGCCGUGGAGGUGGCGGUGGCGGUAAUGGUUGGGCACCUCGAGGAAGUAGGGGUCUGUAUCGAGGUCGUGGAAGCUCAGGAGGAUAUAGAAACAUCCGUGGACGGGGAGGGCGUGGAAGUAGUAGCAGUGGAAGUGAUGGACCUGGUCGUCCAUCACGGGGUACGUAA